CGAAGGGGGGUGAGUGGGUGAAAUCUCACGAGAUUUCAGAUUGUGUUGAUCUCGUCUCAGAGCAUCACCUGCGUCGAUAUCAUCAAUAAGACAAUAUCAUCAAUAUCGUCAAUAGCAGCUCUUCCUUGGCUGUUGGAAGCAAUGACUGAUAAUACCGCCAGCUCGACCACCGCCAAUGACCUUGACCUCAUCUAUCUGAAGGGCAUCAUGGAGAGUCCUCUGGACGAAGAGGAGAACGUGGAGCAUGUGCAUCUGUCCCCAGUGAGGAAGAACAACGUGGAACUUCUCCAGGAGAUUCUCAGUGAUCUUGACCCUUUCACGCCUUCUUCCGAUGCUGCUGCUGAGCUGUGCCACCUCCUCACACAACCCCACUUUCAGUCUUUACUAGAGACUCAUGAUUCAGUUGCAUCCAACGGGGAUGGAAGCCCUCCUCCCAGCCCGUGUGACUUCAUCACUCAUGACCACCAAGAUCAGGACGGACACCUUUACAAAUUCCAGCCGCCGCCUGAUGCAGUACGCAUGGUGGGCAUCCGCAAAGUAGCAGGAGAACAUCUGGUGUGUUUUCAGGGUGUGACGUUCAAGGUGGAGGGAGGUGAGCUGGUGAUAGCGCGUAUCCUCCAUGGAGGGAUGAUAGACCAGCAAGGAUUGCUGCGUAUCGGCGAUAUCAUCAAGGAGGUGAAUGGGCGAGAUGUGGGACAGGAUCCAAGGGUUCUGCAGGAGGAGCUCCAAGCAGCCAGUGGAAGUGUGGUGCUGAAGAUACUACCCAGCUACCAUGAAACUAACCCCCCAAGACAGAUGUUCUUUAAGUGUCACUACGACUACCAUCCAGCCACAGAUAAUCUGAUUCCCUGCAAGGAGGCUGGAUUGAGCUUCAGUGCAGGAGACAUCUUACACAUCGUCAACCAGGACGAUGUCAACUGGUGGCAGGCACGUCAUGUGGAGGGUGGGCCUGCAGGAUUGAUUCCCAGUCAAAUGUUGGAGGAGAAGAGAAAAGCGUUUGUCAGGAGAGAUAUAGAACUCAUUCCCGCAGGUAAUUUGUGCUCAGGUGUCGGCGUGAAAAGGAAGAAAAAAAUGAUGUAUGUGACCACGAAAAAUGCAGACUUUGACAGACAUGAGAUCCUGCUGUAUGAGGAGGUGGCCAAGAUGCCUCCUUUCAAGCGCAAGACUCUCAUUCUGGUUGGUGCCCAAGGUGUAGGACGACGACGCCUGAAGAACAUGCUCCUCCUGAGGGAUCCCCACCUUUUUGGAACCACCAUUCCAUACACCUCCAGAAAGCCCAAAAAGGGGGAGCGUGAGAGUCGGAUGUAUGCGUUUACAAGCCGCAGCAAGAUGGAGGCUGACAUCAAGAAUGGCUGCUAUCUGGAGUACGGAGAAUGUGACGGCAGUUUGUAUGGAAUCAAGACUGAUUCCAUACACGAGGUUGUGGAGGCAGGCCGUGUUUGCAUUCUGGAUGCACACCCUCAGUCUCUGAAAGUGCUGAGGACGUCAGAGUUUUUGCCCUUCGUGGUUUUCCUUCAAUCUCCAGACUUUGAGGACCUGAAGGCAAAGCAUCAGUCCAGCGUGGAGGCUGAUGUUUCCACUAAAGUCCUCUCAGAUGAGGAGCUGCAGAGAACGUGUGAGGAGAGUUCUAAAAUCCAAGCUGCUUACGGUCAUUACUUUGACUUCAGCAUCCAAAACAACAACCUGGAUGAAAGCUACCGGGAAGUCAAAGCUGCCCUGGACAUGGUCUCUAAAACCCACCAGUGGGUUCCUGUCACCUGGGUGUUCUAGAAGGAGUGGUUGGAACGUGAAGGAUGACUUCUUCUGCUGUGAAGAUGAAAAUGCCAACGUGCACGUGGAUCCCAAGCAGGAGUGUGAAGACUAAAGCACACAAUGGAAGUGUUUCUGUUUCACUCGUUGAAUGAAAAAGAAUGAGGAAAAGGCCAGAAAGUCUUUUUAACAUUUAUUUCUUGGCUUUUUUUUGUUUCAUUGCAAAACAAAAACCUUUUUAUUAUGAAUUUAUGAAUGAAUGCUUUUUAUUUUUGUAUAAGUAUUAUUAUUUCUUGUAUUAUUUUGUUGCAUUUGCUAAUUAAAGUGUUGCUUAUUGUUAAAUGGAUUGAAAAUUAGCUUUCAUUUCAAAUGACAUGCUGCCAUUUUGGCUAGUCACGUGACUUGUCACCGGACAAAUGUUUGCUAUGGACACGACUUAGGGAGUGACGAAUGA